AUGGACCGCACCGCGGACCUUCUCCACGAAGAAGGUCCGCCUUUUUUCAAGAGGUUAGAUGGUGAGGCUGCCUCAGAACGUGAAACACUAACGUAUCCCAGCUAUGAAGAACAUGCUCCUUCUAGGGGAGCAUCCAGUUCGAGGCUGCAACAGCGUUGCUCCAGCACCUUUCCAGUUCUGGUAUUGACCUUCCUGGCGGUUGCGCACUUGCUGCUUCUUUGUUUUCAAGACAGAUAUUCUAGGCGUUGGUUGAAGAAGACCGGCAGGUCGUUGGCAGGAGGGGACGAUAGACCAUGCCAGUUGAGCAGUGAAACUGAUAAUCGUGAGGCAGGAGGGGAAUUGCAAACUGGGCUAUCUGAUAAAUAUUCCCAGCAUCCCCUUGGUUUCACCAACUCUGAUACGCACUUACAGGCGUACACAGUCGAGCAAGCGCCUCUUUCAAGAUGGCCAACAGAAACUGCUUCAGUUCAAGUUCAGGCAUCCCAUAAUUGGCAUGCUGGAGGGGCAGGAGGACAUCCCACGCAACAUUUUUGUGAGGGCCGUGUUGGUGCGCAUUUGCCUUCUUAUGAGGAAGGGAGGUCGCCGUCAGCUUGGCUAUCUGAUGAAUAUUCUCAGCAUCUCCUUGGUUACCCCGACUCUGGUACGCACUUACAGGCGUACAUAGCAGAGCAAACACCGCUUUUAGGAUGGCCAACAGAAACUGCUUCAGUUCAAGGUCAGGCAUCCCAUAAUUGGCUUGCUGAGGCGGCAGGAGGACAUCCCACGCAGCAUUUUCGUGAGGGCCAUGCUGGUGCGCAUUUGCCUUCUUAUGAGGAAGGGUUCUGGGCGAGGCCGGCAGAGUUUACUCUGGCAGUGGCUGAACACACCGCAGCGUCUAGUCAAGGUACUCUUGCAGAGGGUGGAGCUUACGGUGCCUCCAGUCAACCUUUUCUGCCUUGCUCUUCGCCAGUAACAGCACUUACUGCUUCAGUUCAAGGUCAGCAAUCGGAUGGAGUGCGGGCCGAAGGGACUGGAGAACCCCCCAUGGGAAUUUUUUUUGAGGGUGGCCCUGCUGCCCACUUGCCGUCUAAUGGGGGAGGGAAUUGGCCGCUAUCGAAAGGGCCUACACAAGGAGUGUCUCAACGCAGCGCAGCAUCAAAUCAAGGUACUCCUGCAGAAGGUAGAACUAACGCUGCAUUGGGUCAACUAUUGCCGCCUAGCCCUUGUAUGCGAACAUUAGACCCUAUGUGUUUGUUGGAGACCCAUCUUACUUCGAGCAUUUUUUCCGCAGUAGACUGGGAAGGACAGCAUGCUGGAGGAGGCCAGGCUGUUGAAGGGAGAGAAGCUGGAUUGGACGGCCAGCCGUUCCCAGCAGCAGUUACUGCGGGAGUUGUGAACCUUUUCAGUCAGUUAACAGACGCCGUAACAAAGUGCGGCUCGCUUCUGCCUAGGUUAAGCGCACAUCAUGCUCUGCGUUUGACUUGGUUGGUGCUAAGACUAGCAACGUUGGAUAUGGCGGCACUUGCGCGUGUUUCAAGCGACAUGAAGGUUCAUAGGGAUCAGUUGGGAAAUGCCCUUCAAGACCUUGCUUUAAAGCUUCUUUUGUACAGCAAGAGUAUCGGGGUGCAAAGCACCACGUUCAUUGUACAACUUACGAUGUUUGCUCAACUUAUCAGAGAUAUCCAAGGCACAUGGGGGACCCCCGUGUCUUUGCCAAGAGGAAAAGCCAUACAGCAAAUCGAGGCAAACUUGGCAAUAUCUACGGGUGCGCUAAAGCACUAUGGGGCGGUUCUGGAGGGAUUGGUCAGGUUGACGGAGCUUCUUCGUGGAAAGCCGCCAGCAGUGGUGGUGGAGCAACAGUUGCGUGUUUUGGAAGCGCUCUGCAAUAUUCGCUCAAUUCAGGUUGCCCGAGAGACCGCAAGUCGCAGGCUUAUCUUCUUUUUCCAGAGGCUAAGACAGUCCCGGCUACUCAUUGAUAUCGGCUUCAUGACGCCAGAGCAUAAGCGUUUGCAGCCGUUGGCAGUCGCACUCCAUGAGCUCGAGCACGCGGUCGCCAGUGCUGGAGGCAUAUUCGUUCCCCCACAGCGACACCCGCAUGGCGGUCAAACGCGGUCUGAGAGCGCGUCUAGCCGACCUCGGAGGGAAGCCACCGAGAAGCCUUAUGACGCAUCAGACACAGAACAGACGUAUCGUAGGCGUGUGUCUGUUCCCGAGUAUCCGCAUCCACCACAACUCCAAAGCCUGCCUACGUUAGAGCGGGGAACAACCUCUCGAGCAUCUGCCGGUCUAGGUGAAACUGCAACGGAGCAGGAAACCCACGAGAGCCAGUCGAGCACACCCUUAGCGAGUCAGUCCUAUUCGGAACAGACGAAGAGAUGGAGCAAACAACGGCAUCGAAAUGCACACGCUACGCGUGUUGCACGUGAAUCGCCACCUCCGCGUUCAUCGAAUUCAUGA